UUGGGUCUCUCUUCACCCUUUUCACAUUUUCACGGACAGGACGUGAAAUGGGUUGAGUUUUAAAGGGUUUCCUAUCAGUUCAACUCCACCCGGAGCCUUCCAAAAUGCCCAGAUCAUCCCUGCUGGUGGAAAACGAUGAUCUCUACGAAGAUGUCAACUCAACCGAAGAGCCGGCCUCCUUAAUGAGCAACCGAACAAGCCAGGAAAGCUGGCCUGAAGACGCUUCCCUUGGCGUGGGGACCCUCUGCGCUAUUUACGCAGCCUACGCCGCCAUCAUUUCCAUGGGUCUUCUAGGGAACAUCAUCCUGGUCAAAGUCUUCUUCAAGAUCAAAUCCAUGCAGACCGUGCCCAAUAUCUUCAUUACCAGCCUGGCUUUCGGGGACCUGCUCCUUCUGUUGACCUGCGUGCCGGUGGACGCUGCCUGUUACGUUGUGGAUACGUGGUUGUUCGGACAAGUCGGCUGUAAGCUUCUGUCUUUUAUUCAGCGAACCUCCGUGGGGGUUUCUGUAUUCACACUCACGGUCCUCAGUGCUGACAGAGUAAGACACGCAGAGAGAUUGUGGUAUAAUCCCAAGAGAGACUCAAAAGGGUUCCAAAUUGAAUCCCGGAAGCGAGUGGCCAAAACCGUGCUGGUUUUAGUCGGCUUGUUCGCCUUCUGCUGGCUACCCAACCACAUCCUCUACCUGUACCGUUCAUUCACCUACCACACUUCCAUAGACACGUCCGCUUUCCAUCUGGUGGCCACCAUCUUCUCCCGGGCGUUGGCCUUCAGCAAUUCCUGCGUCAACCCCUUCGCUCUCUACUGGCUGAGCAAAAGCUUCCGCCAACAUUUCAAGAAGGAAAUCUCGUGUUGCAAAGCCAAGAUGCCCGUCAGAAGGGCCAGCCUCACACAGACCCACACCCCGAGCAGAGCCAUGUCGGUUACGGGCUCGGAAAUCAGCGUCACGUUGCUCACGGAUUACAGCAUCACCAAAGAAGAGGAGAGCGUCUAAUUGUGCUUCGGGAUCGUCGUCCCGCUAGAUCUACUGGCAAAGAUCCAGAGGUUUGCUGAAGGUAAAGGAGAGCUUCUUGCCCUCGGCAGAAAUCUUCCCAAUGCAUCCUACGAUCUCACACCUCGGCAUCAC